AUGGCUUCCUCUUCCCUUCUCUCCCUCUCCGGCCUUGUGCUUCUCUUCUCCAUCUCCUCCGCUACUCGCAAGUGGUCUUCUGAAAGUGGCUUCAACCAGACCCCGAUCUCGAUAAAUGAGGCCGCCAUUGGAGUUUCGGAAGACCUCCUUAAGCUCAAUGGGAUGGAAGUUAAAGACAAUCAACAAAGUGGGAAAAGCCAGGCAAUGACUGUAGGAACAUGGGGAGCCCAAGCGACUAGCUCUAAUGGUGUAGCCUUUGAUGAUGGUGUAUACACGGGAAUAAGAGCAAUAAACUUUGAAUAUAAAAAUGAAACAGCCAUUGGGAGCUUUCAAGUGACCUACGACUUGAAUGGUGCGCCAUUUGUUGCAGAAAAACAUUCAAGCUUUAUAACAGGCUUCACACCAGUGACAAUUACUCUAGAUUUUCCGAGUGAGUAUAUAGUCGAAGUGAGCGGGUACACUGAUAAUGUGCAAGGUUAUACAGUAGUACGCUCUUUAACAUUCAAGACUAACAACGCAACCUAUGGACCAUAUGGAACUACAAGCGGCACAUCUUUUAAUCUCCCAAUUCAAAAUGGCUUGAUUAUUGGAAUCAAAGGAAGUGUCGGCUAUUGGUUGGACUACAUUGGGUUUCACUUAUCCUUUUAAGAUUUUGUGUAACUAAUGAAAACAAUGGUGCUACUAAGAUGGAUUUUCGCUUUCCACUUAUAAAUAAAUUCAAAUCAUCAACUAUGUAAUAGUAAUAUUGUAUGUUGGUUUCUUUAACUAUCUUAUUACCAUAUAUACAUACG